AUGGGAUCACCAAACAACCAAACACCGCAGACGGAGGCAAGCUCGGAAUUGAAUCGAGGAGAUCCAGUUCCCAGCGUCGAUGUCCGACUAUCAGCCUCCGCCAAUGGAAAGAAACGUGCACGAAGUGACAAUUUUCGACAGCCUGGCGAUCACAACACACAUCCAAGGAGAAAGUUACGGCAUCAAGUUGACGACGCAGUCGCAGAUAGUUCGCUUCUAGGAGUCUCACCAGAUGAUGCUGACAAGGGCCGAUCUGAUGAUGGGACGGAAAGCCUGGAGGAACCUAUGGUACAGCCCGACAAGUUGAACUUGCCCGUAAUCAAGAAGCCAUUCUGCUUGUUUGACAGGCUUCUACGUCAUCCUGAGAUUACGCUGCGGCUCGCUGCCAUCAUGGACGUCCAAUCGCUGGUCGACAUGUACGCCAUAUCAAAGCCAUUCCAUUUCUUCAUGAACUCCCAUUUUACCACCUACAUUCGCUCCUCCGCCAACAUUCAUGCCCCAGAUUCGGCAUACGUAUUCCCUUGGCGCUGCUAUCGUCGCCUCACGAUCAAAGACCCAGGUUUCAGGCUGAACAGCGGCAACGUCACCAGAGACGUGCCUGGCCUGAAGUGGCUCCAGAUGGUGAGUCGACGCCACGAUGUCGUGCUGCAGAUUAUCCGGAAUCUCGAAGAACACGGACACAGUUUCCCCGGGAAGCCAAACGAGCUCGUGCUCGCGCUCAAGAAGAUGUGGUUCAUCAUGGAUCUCCCACGCAACGGCCCCAGGAUCGGCGUCAUGCACAACACGGGAUACUGGACCGACAGAGACAUCCUCAUCGCAACAACUUUCCUGGUUAAGCUCGACAUGCGCCUUACCGAUCCCGUCGAGGGGACUGGGGAGAUCAGCCUACGCAACCUCAUGCUCGGCCAACGCUCUCUCUGUCCGCUUCGCGACCUUUUGCUGGGGCGUCUUAAUAAAGUCCAGCUGAUGCGCAUGUGGGUGCUUUAUGACUGGAAGCUGCAGCCUGCGGGUUUGAGGCUGCCUUGUCUGGGCGUGCCGCCUCAUCUGGUUGGUCGCGGAUGCCUCGAGAAUUGGGGCCUAGGCAACGUCAUGGAGCGGAUGCUGCGGCCAGAUGAGCUGCUGGUCCGAGAAAAUAUACGUAGGGGCCUCGAUCUGCAUUUGAAUUACUUGGAAAUGAUGAGGUGGGGAUACAAGACUGGAGAGCAAGACUCAAAGGCCAGGGCGCCACGACUGAGAGAUCGCAGGCCACUUCUGGAGCAUGUGGACAGUCUGCGGGUCGAGAUGGACAAGGAGAGAAAGAAAGAGGACGGACAGCCGAAUGACGACCACGGCGAUGAUGAUGAUGAGCCGGCUGCAGAUAUUUAUAAACCAUGGAACCCGAGCGUGAUGGGUGCUUGGACUCUGUCCAAACCGCGGCCUGAAUAA